UGCUAGUGUAUAUCACAAUAAAAAUGUGACAAAGUAUAGUCCAUAUAUGUGUCAGUGGCAGGGGCGGACUGACAACUUAUGGGGCCCCCGGGCAAUAGGGGAUCAUGGGGCCCCUGUGUCCUUUCCCAAACUCAAAAAAGCCUAUGAAAAAGGUACCAGGGGCAUCUCAUGGGGCCCCUUACUGACCCCGGGCCCUCGGGCAGUGCCCAAGUGUCUGAAUAGUCAGUCCGCCCCUGCCAAGGACAAA